CGCAAUAAAAACGCUAAAACAACAGAGCAAUAAAAAACAGACGAAGGUGAGACAACAACACUUGUUGUAGUACGUUAACCUACCCGCAAGCAAUCAAAGCGAAAAGGUAUUGCAACGCAACGCAACGCUGUAAAAGUAACAUCAGCAACAAUUACAAAAACCAAAAAACAAACAAAAUGACCUUGCCCACAACAACAACAGUGAAUGGUUGCGAAGACGAUUCCGAUAUGUUUGGCCCGCCACGUUCCUCACCGCCCAUCGGCUAUCAUCAUCAUCGUUCGCGUGUACCAAUGAUAUCGCCAAAGUUGCGUCAACGUGAAGAACGUAAACGCAUAUUGCAAUUGUGUGCACACAAGUUGGAGCGCAUCAAGGAUUCGGAGAUGAAUCUGCGUCGCAGUGUUUGCAUUAAUAACACCUAUUGCCGGCUAACCGAUGAGCUGCGACGGGAGAAACAGUCACGCUAUCUAGCGAAUUUACCGAGAUCCGAGGUGAAGCCCGAAAGCGCACGCGAUAACAUUUUCAAUCCCUACAGCAGCUGUGGCAUUGACAAUUCCAAUCAUCAGCCAUCGAACAAAUUCGCCUGCAAUGAAAUCGCCAACAACAAUGCCUCACCGAACAACAACAACAACGCACUCAAUCUUUCGCGGGAUCACGACGCCGCGGAGCGCAACAGGAGCAGCGAUGAAGAGCUUCUCUUAAGCGGCGAUGAAAAUAAUCUCAACUGCAACAACAACAACAACAAACUACACUCGUCCACCACACACGUCGACAUUGCCAACUCUUCGUCGCACAGCAACUGCGCAGCAACCACUAGCACCACCUCCACCAGCAGCGGCGCCGCCUUCACCUCGCACACGACUGCCAUCCACACUACCGCCAACGUCGCCUCUACAAUCCACAGCACUACCACACACACCACACAUUUUACUGCCACCGCCUCAUCCUCCUGCCAUGCCAUCAACACCACAACUGUUGCCAAUUCGUCUCUCACUUCCUCCCUAUCCUCGUCCAUCUCUUCCUCCUCCGUCGUCGUCUCAACCACCAGCACCACACAUUCGCGUAAACGUCCAAUCUGCAGCAGCAAUCUUGACAAUGACCUGGAAAUACUCGACCGUGAAUUGAGCGAAAUCAAUGCGCCAAUGCCACUCAUCGAUCCGGAGAUCACGCAGGGCGCCGAACAGCUAGAGAAAGCCAUCUCGUCUCGCAAACGGCUACGCAGCGAGGACGAAAGCGAUCGUUUGGUGCGCGAGGCGCUUUCACAAUUCUACAUCCCCCAACAGCGCCUGAUCUCCGCCAUUGAAGACUGUCCGCUCGAUGUAGUGAGCGUAGGUGGUGGCAUGGGCGUUGGUGUGGGUUUGGGACUAGGCAUGGGGGUCAGCGUCGGCAUGGGUAUGGGUCCAAUGUCGCCAAGUAAACGACAAAAACUAAGCAAUGGCAAUGGCGGCAACGAGCUGGAACUGGAGUUCGAUCUAAAUCAAAAUCAAAAGGACUUUGAGGUGAUAAUGGAUGCGCUGCGCUUAGGUACGCCCAGUCCAACACCCAGCGUGGGCAGCGACUCAUGCGGACAGGCGGCGAUGAUGAGCGAAUCGGCAAGUGUAUUUCACAAUCUGGUUGUCACAUCGCUGGAAACAUGAAAGUAUCAGUAAAAAGCAGGCGAUAGAAUAGCAAGUGGUAAACGAGACAGAGCAAAUUCGACAGCAAAAGCGAGUGCGAACGAUAGCAGAAGAUAAGAGAUUAGGCAUGGAUGAGUGAGCGCAUGUGCGAGCGAGACGGGUGUUUGUUCGCUGUGAAUUAUGGCGGCUUAAAUGCAACUGAUGCGAAAACAACAAAAGUAAAAACAAAAAAUUCACUUUUUAUAGCGCAUUGUUAAGUUUAGCAAAAUAAUUGCAAACAAAACUUUAAAAAUUGUAACUAAUAUUAAAACAAAACAAAAGAACUUUCUUAACUUUUAAAAAGAUGUUAAAGUGUAAGAGGAAAAGUACAUAAUUUACAACACUAAAAACUUAAAAUUUAUAACUCAUGUAAAAAAAUAAAAAUGGCAACAAGCCACAAAUUUUGUUGCAACUAAAAUAGGCAAAACAAAAACUCUUAAGCUUAAGCAUUUAGCUUAAGAUUUUUUCCACAAAUAUUAUUAGUUUUUAACCAAGCAAAAACUCAAAAGAAAAACUUAUACACGUAAAUACAUAAAAUAUAAAAUUAUACAAAGCUAAUUACACACAGACAUAUUAUGUACAUACAUGUGUAGUAUAUAAGGUAAGCAGUAAACAAAACAAAAAAAAAAAACAACUAAAUCAAAGAAAAUGUAGUCAAGCAGAAGACAGCAACCAUACAUACUUACAUCAUAGAUAUGUACAUAUGUACACAUGUACAGUAUGUAGGUUUGUAUAGUAAGUUAGUCACGUAGAUGUGAGGAAGAAGACAGAGAUCACCCAAGAGGUGUGAUUUAAAAGCUAAUGAAGUGAAAAAAAAAAUUGGUAGAAAUGCAAAAAAAGAUGUCACGCGUUUUUAUGA